AUGGACAAUAGAGCGGCAAAACUAGCGGCUGCGCGGCAAAAGCUAAAACACCAUCAGGAAAAAAAGUUGAUACGCACGGAAACGUCAAAUAUAGCUCAUCACAACGAGUCCGUGAAAGAAACCACAGAAGAAAACGUUAGUCCAAACGUGGUCACAAGUGAAGCUAAUGAAACAAUAUCUCUUGAAAUAAAAAAUGGUGGCACAAAAAAUAUUCCGGAAGUACCAAACAAUGAUUUAAGUGUAACUGAAAUGUUAAUUUCAAAUAAGACAAAGCUUGAGGCACAAGUAAAGAAAUUAGAAACACAACUAACACAGUUACAGCAUAAUUAUACUUCAGCAAUAGAACAACAAAAUAUUUAUUUGCAAACUAUUAGUCGUUUGGAGAUGGAGCUUCAAUCAAUGCAGAAAAAAUAUGGUAUAUUUGAUGAAGAAUUUUUUUUAAAAAAUAAAAUGAUUUCUGAAUUACAGAAUAAAAAUUCUGCCUUAACUGAUGAAAACAAUAAUUUACUUGAACAAAUGGAAUUUACUAAGACUAUUUUAACAGUUAAAGAAAAUGAGAAUCUUCAGCUUAGUAAUCAAAUUUCUGUCCUUCAGAAUCAACUAGAUGCGGCUCACUUGCAAAUUAGACAGUUAACAAAUGAUUCUGAUAUUAACAUAAAUCAUAACAAUGAAGAAAAACCAUCAAAUUCAGAACUUAAUCACAAGAUUUCAAAUUUAGAACAACAAUUAUAUGCACUCCAGAAAGAAAAAGACAACUUAAAUCAACAUUAUGAACAUUAUGUUAAUGAACUGAAUAUGGAAUUAAAAGCAUUAACUACAAAAAAUGAUGCAUUAAAUCAAGAAAUACAACAGCUUUACAACAGGGAAAAUAGUCUUGUUGAUCAAAUUAGUGAUAUGGAAAUAAGGCUUCAGAGCUACCAUGUAAAUAAAAAUACUGAAGAGGAAAAAAAUGCUAAUGAAUUGCAAGAAAAAUUGAAGACCAUUGAAACUAAAUUUCAAGAAUUAAGUAAAAGCUAUGCAAUCCUAGAGGCUAAAUAUGCAGAAAGCCAAACCAGGAUUGAAGUAUUAAGUAAGAGUAACAAGACUAAUGUUGAUCAGGACAACUUACAAGUUUCAAAACUCAAUGCCGAUAUUACCAGUGACAAAGUUGCAGCCCAGAGGGCCACAGAACAGAAUAAAAAAUUGAAAACUGAUUUGGAAGAACUGGAGUUUGCAUUUAUCAAAAUGAGUAAAGAUAAAUUAGAACUAACCGAAAAAUUAACACAUGAAAAUCAUUUAAAUAAAGAAUUGAUGCUUAAACUUGCUGAAAUAGAUGAGAAUACUAAAUCAUUGCAUGAUAAACUAAUGGCGAAAGAUGAGGAAAUGAUAAGAUUACAGAACAGUUAUCGACUCUUAGAAAAAAAAUAUGAACAAUUUGCUGAGAAUAACCAACAACUUUCAGUGCUCCAGCAUAAUAAUGUCCAAGAUCAAAUGGAUAUAAACUGCAACCAGAAGAAAAUUGUACAUGACCCUGCUGAAAAUCACGAAGGCCACAAAGAAUUGAUUGAAAGUAGCAAUGAGGAAAUAAGAUUGAGUAUUGCAAAAGAAGAUGCUAUGCUUAAGCUUCAAGAGCGUUUUCUUAAUAUAAUGGAUGAGGUUGCUAAUUUAUCGGAUGAGAAGCACAGACUUGAACACAUUAUUCUUCAACUGCAGAAUGAAACAGACACAAUAUGUGAAUACAUAGCUCUAUACCAACAACAAAGAAGUUUACUGAAGAAGAGAGAUGAAGAUAGAAGUGAGCAAAUAAAAAUGUUUCAACAAGAAAGUGAUAAAUUAAGAAGACAAUUACAAGAUCUUAAUAAUUUGCUACUAAGAUUUGCUAAUGAUAAAAAUUUAGAAACUUAUUUACAAGAUGAGUCUAGAAAGGUAGAUCUAGCCAAGGUUAUGGAGCUACUCUCAAACUUAAAGAGUAGUUAUUUAAUUUCUUCGAAUCAUAAGAGCCUUGACUUCAAGAACUUUUAUCCAUGUAAUUGCUGUUCAGGGCAACUUAUUGAGGUGUAA